AUCUAUUGAUUCCCGGCUUUAUUAACGAUUGUGAUAUAUGAGCAUCCUCUAAUAAGUCUUUCCUUGACACCAAGUGGCAUUCUAAGUUUUAUUGGAGAUCGUGAAGGAAUGUAAAACAAUAGUAAAGGAAUCAAAUUGAUGUUUCGUUUAUGGGAAAGUCACAAUCAGAGAUACGGACUAGAAUAACUGUUGCUCCGAGACUGUGAUAAUAUAGUAUGCACAAGAUAAUUAUGUGUUGCAGUUUUCAGAAGAUGGCGUGUUAGAAAAAUUUGGAAUAAUUUAUACAUCUCAUACACAGCAAAAAACUGUUGAAAUUGCCUACUGAAAUCUUGCCAGAAAUGAGAUGAAAAAUUAAUUGUUCAAAAUGGUACAACUUUACUACUACGAGACCAGAGGCAAAUGUUGCCGAAAAUUUUUCAAUCACGAAGGAGUCCCUACCAAAAUACACUUAUUUCCCUAUGAAGGUUGGGCUCAACCAGCUUUAUCAUCUUAUUGGAUGUUGAAAACCUAUUGGUGGAGCAGAACACGUGUUAAAAUUACAGAAGUCACCGGUUCCCAAAGACAUGAAGUCAAAGGGAAAGUCCAUUACAUCAGAAAUGGAUCUGUUGUCAUUUCUGGCAAAAUCAAAGAUAGUAAAAACGAGGAUUUUAGGAUGAAUUUAACAUCGAAUGUCAGUAAUGCAGAUUUUCAACUGGGAUAUUGCAUCACAGGAACUCUAGAAAGGGGAGACAAAAAGUGUGAGAAGGGAUUGACUUUAACACAUUACGCUAUGAUUAAAAGGAGAGGCUACUAAACUGUUAAUUAUAGUAAUGUCAGUUAAUUGUGCCAUAGACAAAUUAUUUUGUUAAACAAGUUAGAUAUUUAAAUUUUUAAAAAUUGUACUGCAUUUUUAUUGGUAGUUUCAAUAUUUUGUUAAUUUGUUAAAUGCUAGCUUACAGUCCGUUUUGUUUUGUUUGAAUUUGUUUAUUAUUUUGUUAUAAAUGUUUUGAGAAGUUUGUUAAAGAAAAACUGUCAAAGGUUUUGAUUAUUGUUAAUCGUUAAUCAAAAUUUUAAUUUACUAUAUAAUUGACAAGUGUUACAAGUAUUUAAAAUGUUAAAGUCUUAUUGAAAUGUUUUAUACACCGAAAUGUGCUGUUUGUGAGAGAAAGCGUAUAAGUCAUAACAUGCUAACUAUUACUGCUUUGAGUAUUAUUAAAAAUUAUUCUUUCAAAAAUAAAUAUAGUUAAAGUAGA